UUUGUUUUAGCCUAUUAUGGUUACUGCUUCUUCUUCUUCUUCACCUGAAGAUGAUGCUAAACGUGAGAAAUUAGUUGGACAAGUUCGUACAUCAGUUAUCAUAUUCUGGAUUUUAUCUAUUGUAUUUUUAAUCAUAGGUAUAACAGUAUUGUCAAUGUAUCAUAAUUUAAAUGAUUCAUCUCAAUACGCCGGUACUAUAGCUGGAACAUUUUUCCUAGUUUUCAGUAUACCAUUGAUCGUAUGCAGCGGGUUUUUAACUAGUGCGCUAUUAAUUAUUCAAGAAUCAAUUCAAGAUGAACGGGAUUAUCGAUGUCGUGAUCCGGAAUUCUAUAAAGAUAUUCCAUAUCCACGUCAACCAUUUAAACCAGUACCAACAACAUCACAAUUGCGUACUCCAUAUCCUUCUGCACCUGUCCCGCAAUUUGACCAUGUUUCAAGGUCUUUUCGUCAUCAUCAUCAGCCGCCGCCGCCGCCGCCACCACCACCCCCACCAAUUCCAUACAGCAUAUCAAACCCGCCUAGUUAUCAUUCAGCAGUUGGUUUGAAUGACUAACUGAUCAAAUUGUUUGUGAUGAAGGAACAAAUAAAUAUCCAGACAAUGAUCUGUAACACCAAAAAAAAAUUCAAACCGCCCCAUCAAAAUAAUCAAAAUCACCAACGAUAGCAAGAAUAGAGAUGCAUGUGUGUGUGUGUGCACGCGCGUGUGAGAAAUGGAGACAAUGAACUUUUAUUCAUAUAUAUAUAUAUAUAUACAAAUGGACUACUUUCAUUCAUAACUUGUAGAUCAGUCAAUUUGUUUUUUGUAAUAAUGAUAUAACAUGAAUUUCUAACGAAUUCUUCUUUUUUUUUGAAGAGAAAAGAAUUCAGCUUCUUUUUUUAUAUUGUAUUGUACAAGUGAUUAUAGGUAUUUAUAUACAUACAUACAUAUAUUGUAUCUUUGCUUAAUAAAAACUCAGUUGUCGCAAUUUCAUUGUUUCAUGGGGGAUGAAGUAUGCAUGGUAUUUUAGUAAAGUGCUCAGCUUUUUUUCUGAAUCGUUUCUUUUCAUUGUUAAAAAUGUACGUUUUUUUUUAUUCUGAAGGGAGAAAUGCAACUGCCUUUUACACUGUAGUAGUACAGUCAACUUGUACAAUUUCGCGUUUGACCUAUGAUGUGUGAUUAUUCCAUGACCGAUCUAUCUGACAUGGUAAAAUCGUAAACAAAAAAAAUGUUUCAACUAAUGAAGUUUGUUUGUCAUCAUCACAAUAUGAUGGGUGGUUAUCCAUUCUGUGUAGAUGAAAUAGUCUGACAGUCCAUCGAACCGAUUGAUAGUGUUUUUAAGAAAAGAAAUUUGCCAUGGCCUUAUUAUCUUACAUAAGUGAUAGGUAUUAUCAGCAGUAGUACAUUGUAUAAUCUUGUUUUUAUAGCUUCCUGUUACAUUAUCUUUGAUCGUUUUUCCCUUUAUACAUCUUUACUAAUUUCAUCUAGUUCAUUGUGCCAAGCUCUGAGUUGAUAAACUGUUUUACGUGCCCUGGG